ACACCUCCCUCUCCUGCAACACCGCAUUGGUUUGCUCGCUGCUCCAGCAUGACAUCAGGGUAGCCGGGAAAGGGCCAGAGCGCAGGCGCCGCCGCCUGGGGAGGGGAGGCGAGGCAGCCGGGAGGGCGAGAGCCGGGAGGAGCAGCAGCAGGCAGAGAGCAGAGCUCGCUCUAGUGUGGACUCGCGUCCUUGCCCGGCAACUGCAGGCUGCGCUGCGCCCCGCUCGGGCGGCUCCUCCUGUAGAGCCUCCACCAGCAACGAAGAGCAGCGGCCGCCGGGCAGGGAGGUGGUCGAGAGAGCCGUCGGCCGCCCUGAGCAAAGGGAGCAGCCGGCAAAUCAGUGCCCCCCCCACCCCCGCUUCAGUCCUCGCUCGCGCCCCGUGCCCCCCUCCCUGGAGCCAAGCACCAUGUCUACGGGAGGAGACUUUGGGAACCCGCUAAGGAAAUUCAAACUCGUCUUCCUGGGCGAGCAAAGCGUUGGAAAGACAUCCCUGAUCACAAGGUUCAUGUACGACAGUUUUGACAACACAUACCAGGCUACGAUUGGAAUUGACUUCUUAUCUAAAACCAUGUACUUGGAAGACCGGACAGUGCGGUUGCAGCUCUGGGACACAGCAGGCCAGGAGAGAUUCCGAAGCUUGAUCCCCAGUUACAUUCGAGACUCCACAGUAGCCGUGGUGGUCUAUGACAUCACAAACCUCAACUCUUUCCAGCAGACAUCCAAAUGGAUUGAUGAUGUCAGAACAGAAAGAGGAAGUGAUGUCAUCAUCAUGCUAGUGGGCAACAAAACAGACCUCGCAGAUAAGAGGCAGAUAACAAUUGAAGAAGGGGAACAGAGAGCUAAGGAACUGAAUGUCAUGUUUAUUGAGACAAGUGCGAAGACAGGAUACAAUGUAAAACAGCUCUUUCGACGUGUUGCCUCAGCUUUGCCAGGGAUGGAGAGUGUUCAAGAGAAGAGCAAAGAAGGGAUGAUUGACAUUAAGUUGGAUAAACCACAGGAACCACCAGCCAGCGAAGGAGGGUGCUCUUGUUAAUGCAAAGCGCAGGAUUCGUCAGCUCCAUUUGACACCACACGCUUGUUGUGUUGCUUCCUAUUGGUUAGCUUCCUGAUACUACAAAUUGAGUUAUUCAAUGGGGAGGAUUUCUUUUCUCUCUGUGUCUCUCUAGGGAAGGGAGGGUGGGGCAGCAAAGAUCAGAAUACACUAUUCAACUGCUGGUUCUAUUUUCUUUUUUUGGUUUAGUUGUAAUAUAUUGUACUUUAUUAAAAAUGCCAAAACAAUUCAGAAUUUUAAAGCAGACACUUUAAUCUUGUGUAUACAACUUUCAGCCACGGGGACUUCUAUCUUUCUUUGGGUACUUUUUCUUUUUUAAUUGUAUAUUUGUAAACUUACAGAGAAAACCCCAAGAUUAUACAGGCUGGCUAGUUCAGUGUUUGGCAUAAACUGUAGACAUAUCUUGUCGCAAACUAGUCCCUAAUUGGUUUACUGAAACCCUAACUAUACAAGUCACAAUCCAAGGACCGGCAAGCAAAACAUGCUGCAACCACCAGUGUGCAGUGCAAGAUGGAAGAGAGAGCUACAACUAGAGAAACUUUAUUCAUGAUAGUGGCAGUGCAGCUCCAUAGCUCCCUCAUGACUGCACGGGGCCUAUAGUGCACAUACAGCUUACUAUCAUGUUUCAUGCUACAUUUAGUAUACCAUGGGAGAUGUUCCUUUUAGCACUACUAUGAUGGAUACAUGUUUUUAAGACCUUCACUUGUGUCACAUAGUCUAAGUAUUUCAACUUUUUAAAAAUCACACUAGCUAGCAUAAACCACCACACAUACACACUAUAGUGUAUAUGUGAAACAAAUGGCAUUUCUGCCACUUUAAAUGUAUAGUUGGCCCAGAGGGUUCUAGGAUAGCCUUUAUUCCUGGAAUAGCCACCACAAUUGAUUAUGGCUGCAACUUUGUACUUCAAAUUGUGUUGAAGCAAGCACUCAAAUUGUUUUUUGGAGGGGAAAAUUGACAGAAAGAUUCCAAUGCUUUCAGAGGGCUUGAUCUCUUAUUAGAAGCAGAUUCCUUCAAGGAAGUAACUCAGAAUGAUGGCCAAGAUUCAACCAAAAAAUUGCUAUAACUCAAAGUUUGCCGAUUGAGGACCACCUCACUUUUAGCCAACUGUACUAUUCAAGGUGGUCAAUCAUUAUUAUGAGUGAUAAUAACUUUUGCAUGAAUGAACAAAGAGUGAAAGAGAGGAAGAAGGUCUGUCUACUUAGAAAAGAAGAUUGCUUUGGCAACAAAGAUGUGACAGAGACUGUAUUUAAUUUUUGUAUACAUGUGUAUGCACGUUUUAUAUUGACAUAAAACAUACAUUUACACACAUGGCUGUGUGGAGGUGUAUGUAUACACACCCAUACACAAUAUAGAUGCUUGGUUUCUCCCACUGUUAUGACUUGAGAUUGCAACCAACAACAGUUGUGGAAAAAUACAGUUGCUGCAAUGUG